AUGGCCUUCCGAAAGCGCAACGUGGGCAUUGGUCGCGUGCCCCCUGGCUCACCACCGUCGUCUCCUGCUGUAGCACCGAGCCCAGCCCCCGCGAGCAUACCAGGCAUACGCCCUUCCCCGGUCGAUGGCCGUCCUACUACGUCGACGGGUACACCUUCGCUAGACGGGAUUUUAGCAGGACAUGCUGGUUUCGCGCUUGGCUCUUCCUUGCUGAUUGAGGAAAGCGGAACGACCGAUUUUGCCGGCGCGCUGCUGAAGUACUAUGCUGCAGAGGGUAUUACCCAAGGACACACGGUGCAUGUAGUCGGUCUGGGUGAGCCGUGGGGAAGGAUGCUUCCGGGCUUAGUUGGCGUUGCAGACGGCGAAGCAGAGACGGUCCCGAGCGGAAGCAAAAACAAGGAGCGGAUGAAAAUAGCAUGGAGGUAUGAGAGGCUUGGUGAAUUCGACGCGGAAAAGAGAAUUGGAGGCGCAAGAGGGCCAGCCGAGCGAGCACCGCCAGGCGCUUCUGCUACGUCGCCAGCGUCUCCAGACAUAGCUGUGCCGCCUCCAUUCUGCCACAAGUUCGACCUCGCCAAGCGACUCGAAUUUCCAGCUGGACUGUCCAUCAACUACAUCCCGCUCCCACCACCUUACCAGCAGACCUCUCCCUUUACAUCCAUCCUCCAGAAUCUUUCCACAAAGCUCGCCUCAAGCCCAGCCUCAACCAUACACCGUCUUGUGGUACCAAGUCUACUCUCGCCGGCGCUGUACCCGCCCCACUCCGGCCAACCGGCUUUCCUUCUCCAGUUCCUUCACGCACUGAGAGCACUGCUGCGGAAGUACGCAACCAGGUUAACAGUCAUGCUCUCACUUCCUCUUGAGCUUUACCCGCGAAGCUCCGGGUUAGUGCGGUGGGCAGAGCUCCUGAGUGAUGGCGUGCUGGAACUGCAACCUUUCCCACACCUCAUGGAUACGUACGGCGAGCUGGCGUCGUCCGGUGCAGCAACAGCCAGCGAGGAAAGACCGCAGGGAAUGCUUAGAGUACACCGACUGCCGGUGUGGCACGAGCGAGGAGGCGGUGGCGGAGGCGUGGCCGGCGUUGGAGACGACUUGGCGUUCACCCUGAGCCGGAGGAAGUUCGUGAUCAAGCCGUUCAGCCUGCCGCCUGUAGAGGGCGACACAGAGGCGCAAGGGGCGCUUGGAGCCGAGGGCGGCGGCAGUGGAAAGCAGACAAAGGUUGACAUUGAUUUCUGA